AUGACGGCACCUCCAAUAUCGUCCCUCUGUCUGCAUGGGAAACCGGCUUCAAGUGCCCACGAAGGAUUCGAAUUGUCCAACAUCAAAUCUACAAUAAAGAACUUGCCAAACACAAAGCUCGGAUCGGUGUUUGGUCGGUUACGUGGCAGCGGGGCCUCGUCGAAGUAUGGUCAACUGGACGAUGAAGACGGUGGAGGCGGUGGGGGCGUCGUCGGCGGCGUGCCCUAUCAACAAGCCGGCGGUGGAGACGUACCGGGGGGUCCCGUACACUCAGUUGAUCACGUAGAAAUCGACCAUGGACCUCGGGACUGGCGGAGGCAUCUCGAGCCCAACUGCCCUUGCAAACCAGAUCUCUCGAAACGUAUGACAAUGGCUGUACUCUCAUCAAUCGGCUUCUUGGUGUCAUUCGGAAUUCGAUGUAACUGGGGCGUAGCACUCGUUCCCAUGACUAAGGGGUUGACGCCUGAAUUCGAUUGGUCCGAAAAACAAAUCGGUUUCAUUGACUCGUCGUUUUUCGUUGGAUACCUCGUGACGCAAGUGCCAGGCGGCUUCCUGGCCGCAAAAUACCCCGCCAACCGGAUUUUCGGUACGGCGAUAGCCGCAUCAGCGUGUUUGAACAUGUUAAUUCCAGCCUCAACAUCGAUCGGCGUCGGUGCGAUUGUAUUAGUACGAAUGACCCAGGGUUUAAUUGAGGGCGUGACGUAUCCAGCAUGUCACGGAAUUUGGCGAUUCUGGGCUCCACCCAUGGAGCGGAGUAAAUUGGCAACACUGGCAUUCUGUGGAUCUUACGCAGGUGCUGUGGUGGGAAUUCCCCUCUCAUCUUUUUUGACCAGCGCCUUCGGGUGGCGUCUGUGUUUCUACUUCUAUGGCAUCUGUGGAAUUAUAUGGUACAUAUUCUGGCUGUGGUUGAGUUUCGAACGGCCAGCUUCCCAUCCCACGAUAUCAGCACAGGAACGUCAAUACAUCGAAGAAUCUUUAGGAACCACCAGUCAGGUCGCUCCGACUUUUGCAAAUACCCCUUGGAAAUAUAUCUUCUGCUCACUUCCGGUGUGGGCGAUCAUUGUUGCAAACUUUUGCCGAUCAUGGACCUUCUACCUAUUGAUUAUAUCACAACCAAAAUAUUUUGAUGAAGUUCACAACCUCGACCUAAAAAAGUCCGGUGUCUUGGGAGCACUUCCACAUCUUCUGAUGGCCUGCGUCGUACCGGUCGGAGGACAGCUAGCCGAUCGUCUCCGUAAACGACAGAUACUGACAACAACUCAAGUGCGAAAGCUUUUCAACUGUGGCGGUUUCGGCAUGGAGGCCCUAUUCCUCUUGUUCGUCGCCUUCAGCCGCUCCACAACCGCGGCUACUGCAUUUCUGACGCUCGCUGUCGGCUUCUCCGGAUUCGCUAUAUCAGGUUUUAACGUGAACCAUCUGGAUAUCGCGCCUCGGUAUGCGCCCAUUCUCAUGGGUAUAUCGAACGGGGUCGGCACUCUAGCCGGGAUGUUCUGUCCGGUCGUCGUCGAAUGGAUCACGGACAAACAUCCUGAAAUGGCAGCGAAGCAGUGGCAAAAGAUAUUGGUCAUAGCCGCAAUGAUCCACUUCGUUGGCGUCAUCUUUUACGGGCUCUUCGCCUCGGGUGACAAACAACCCUGGGCUGAGCCAGCCACAGAGGCCGAACCCGCCCAAGCAGGGGUUCGGUAUCCUGACCCCAGCGCACAGUUCGAAGGCCAACAAACCGCCCCUCCUUCGUAUGGGUCGACUGCCGAGACGAAUUUCGUCUACGACCCAGCGUCCUCACAACAGCCUCAGAAACCCGCUCCACCAGCGCCCCCGAGUAAUCCGACUUAUCAACAGAAUACCCAAGCCGUUUAUGAUCCGAAUGCGGCUUGGGGCGAAGAAAGCACAGGGCAAAGCUACGCGUACAACCAGCAACAACAACAACAGUGGUAG